CCCCACCAUGUUUUUUUUCUUGGGCAGCAGACUUUCCGGACCCCUCCUCGAGGCGAUGGAUGAUGGGUGAUGGUCCACUGUGACAAUUUAGUUCAUCUCGAGCUCUGUUUCAUAUCACCAAGGCAGGAUCAGUCAUAUUCAGGUUUUAUUCUUUACUACCACACCGCCAGCUCUCCACCAGCAACUCGCUCAAGAUGGCCUCGCCACCGGAGCAGGCGCAAAGCCUCGCUCAGCAGGUCGACCAGACCACAGCCCAACCCGAGCCCACACCUUCAGCCUCCGAACAAGCCCAGACAGAACAAGAUGUCUCGAGCAGCAUUAGCAGUCCACUGGACUCGGAAGAGAAACCCUCCGCACAGCCCAACACAGCCGCCUCGGAACCACCCAAGCCGAUACACGCACUCGUCGUCGACACGGGCCCGAUCAUCAAGAACGACCCACCCGUGAGCACGCUGCUCGGCCAGGCCGUCGAGCUGUGGACGCUGCCCUCGGUCAUCACCGAGAUCCGCGACGCCGCGACACGGAGCCGCGUCGAGACGACCCUCCUGCCGUUCCUGAAGCUGCGCAACCCGAAGCCCGAGAGCGUCAAGUUCGUGCAGGACUUUGCGCGGCGGACCGGCGACCUCGAGGUGCUGAGCAGGCCCGAUAUCCACCUCAUCGCGCUGACGUACGAGCUCGAGUGCGAGCGCAACGGGGGGGACUGGCGGCUGCGGAGGACGCCCGGGCAGAAGGGCAUGAAUGGCAAGCCGCCGGGUAAGGAGGAGGGGGCGAAUGCUGCGGCUCCAGCAGCGGGAGAGGCUGCCGCCGAGCAGGUCGAGACCAAUGAGAAGGAGGCAGAAGGCGGCGAGGUCAAGUCAGAACAGGCGGGGCAGCAAGUACCACCGCUUGCGCAGGAGGCCGUGACUUACCAGCUGGACUCCUUGACUCUAGAGCCUCGGGGGGGUGUCUCCGCUUCAGAAAGCCAGGCCGCGGAGCAACCCGAAACAACAGCAAGCACUGCCGAGACCACACAAUCCGCCGACGCGCAGGCGGAGGUAGUGGAAGAGGACGACGACGACGACGAUGAAGACGGCUGGAUCACGCCCUCGAACCUCAAGCAGCAGCAGCAGAAAGACCGGGCCGCCGCCCCCGAGCAGCCGAUCCAGAAGCUGCUGCAGGCCGCGCUGCUCACCUCCGACUACGCGAUGCAGAACGUGUCGCUGCGCAUGAACCUCAACCUCGUCUCCCCGGCCUUCGCGCGCAUCACCAGGGUCAAGACGUGGGUCCUCCGGUGCCACGGGUGCUUCCAGAUCACGCGCGAGAUGAGCAAGCAGUUCUGCCCGCGCUGCGGGCAGCCCACGCUGACGCGGGUGAGCUGCUCGACCGACGCGGGGGGCAACUUCACCGUGCACCUCAAGAAGAACUACCAGUGGAACAACCGGGGCAACGUGUACAGCAUCCCGAAGCCCGUGCACGGCUCGGCGAACGGCAAGAUGCGCGGGCCCGGCGGGGGCAAGCAGGGCUGGGGCAGGGAGCUGCUGCUCGCCGAGGACCAGAAGGAGUACGUCCAGAAGUCCACCGAGCAGCAGCGCCAGCGGGUCAAGGAUCUCAUGGACGACGACUUCCUGCCGAGUAUCCUCACUGGAGACCGGAGGGGCAGGGAGCCGGGCAGGGCAAGAUAAAAGUUGGUGCGGGAAGGAAUGUGAAUUCGAAGAAGAGGAGAGCGUAGAUGUGGUGUGCUAUUCCUGGCCCUGUUUUGUGUGGGUUGUUUCAAGGCGUUUAGGUUCGGGAAAAAAAGGGAUAGAUAGGGUAUGAGAUAAAUGACCAACGUUCUAUACUUGCCUUCAAC